CAGCCCGAUUCAACAUGACUUACGGCAGUGUGGAACCAUCUUCUUGCGAGUCUUCAGAUUCGGUUUCAUUUCAUUCCACCUGUACCUUUACAUGUGAAACUGGUUUCCGUCUCGACGGUCCUAUCACUGUGGAGUGUACUCCGAAUGGGCAUUGGGCGCCGAGUGGAAGUUCCGUCUGCGUUGAUGUACAACCUCCCACAUUCAACGUGGAAUGCCCUCAUCAAAUUGAGGUUGAUGCUCCUCUUAAGCGUACCACCGCAGAGGUAAACUUCGAAGAACCGAUUCCAAAAGACAACUCUGGAACUGUUACUCUGACGAGGUUGGGCCCUACCACAGGAAGUGAAUUCGCAGAAGGUAUGACAAAUAUAAGAUAUGAAGCAACUGACGGUUCUGCACUAACUUCAUUCUGCAACAUCAUCAUCAUAGUGAAUGUUCAUCGUUGCUCUGCCCUGCACCCGCCCCUCCACGGUUCCAUGAGUGGUUGCGAUGAUCCCUACAUCGGUAGUGAAUGUUCGUUUUCAUGUGAAAGAGGCUACGAUCUCGACGGAGCGUCAUCCAUACUGUGUGAGCUGUUAUCUGAUGGCAUCCCUGCAUGGAACAACGACACCCCGACCUGUCAAAUACAGACAUGUCCAUCCCUUCAAAUCCCGGCGUUCGCUUCUGUAUCUGCUGGCUGUGUUGGUUCACCUGUGGCAUUUGGGACCAACUGCGCAUUCUCCUGUGAACCAGGUUUCUACGGGGAGGAGAGAGCACAUUGAUCUGUUCGGAAGGAGGAGUAUGGCCUAGCACAGACUUUGUAUGUGAAAGAAAAUCGUGUGAGGUGCUGAUUGAACCUGCAUCAAUUACAAUUUUACCAGAGAUUUGUUUGUUAGAUCCGCGCUUCGGUGAUGUAUGUACCUUGGAAUGUGAGCAGUCAGGAUUUAAAAUAACCCCUCCACAUCUGAGGGAGCUUGCGUGUACCAGUGAUCAAAUUUGGUCCGGAAACACAGAAGAAGCACGCUGUGUGGAUAUGCAGGUCCCAGAAUUCGAGGACUGCCCUUCACAUAUGGUUGUUUUUGUAAACAGAAGUGAAGAUGCUGCUUAUGUCGACUUGUCAUUAGUCGCUAGAGACAAUGACCCCCAAUCAGGAGAACUAGUAGGAAGUUGUAACUACCAUUCUGGGAUCAUGAACGCAGGCGAAUAUGAUGUAUCCUGCAGUGCUGUGGAUGAAGCAGGCAACGAAGCUUUGUGCCAAUUCAUACUAGAAGUUGAAGCUAGGAAGUGCCAAACACUUAACCCUCCUGAGCACGGCUUUCUACUGGAGGAAUGUGAGAUAAUCCAUGGAUCUCAAUGCCUUGUAACAUGCUCUGAAGGCUAUAUUUUGGUGGGAUCUUCUGGUGGAACCUGUGAAUUCGAUGGCUCUGAUAACAUGUUCUGGCAUUUCGAGAAAGAACCUGUGU